GACCCCUACAUCACCAGCAUCGCAGAUCUCACGGGCCAGGUCGCUUUGUACACCUUCUGCCCUAAGGCCAACCAGUGGAUCAGCUUCACCUUAUCACGGUUUUACCAUUGUGAAUCGACUGAAUAUGCACAAUCUAGUUGAACCAGUGAAUAAAGAUCUGGAAUUUCAGCUCCAUGAACCAUUUCUUCUGUAUAGAAAUGCAAGCUUGUCAAUAUACAGUAUCUGGUUUUAUGACAAGAAUGACUGUCACCGCAUAGCCAAACUCAUGGCCGAUGUUGUAGAAGAGGAGACACGGCGGUCCCAGCAAGCUGCUCGGGAUAAGCAGAGUCCCAGCCAGGCCAAUGGCUGCAGUGACCACAGGCCCAUCGACAUCCUGGAGAUGCUAAGCAGAGCCAAGGAUGAGUAUGAGAGGAAUCAGAUGGGCGACUCCAAUAUCUCCAGCCCUGGGUUACAGCCGAGUACUCAGCUCUCCAAUCUGGGAAGCACUGAGACUCUAGAAGAGACGCCGUCCGGGUCACAAGAUAAGUCUGCUCCAUCUGGACACAAACAUCUGACAGUGGAAGAAUUAUUUGGAACCUCUUUGCCAAAGGAGCAGCCAACAGUUGUGGGUCUGGAUUCAGAAGAAGUGGAGAAGCUGCCAGGAGAUGCCUCCCAGAAAGAGCCUAGCUCGUUCCUACCAUUUUCCUUUGAGCAGUCAGGAGGGGCCCCUCAGUCAGAAAACCUGGGUGUCCAUCAUGCUGCCCACCACUCAGUCCAGCCUGAAGUCACCACCCCGGUGCUAAUCACUCCUGCCUCCAUCACACAGUCCAGUGAAAAGCAGGCCGCAAACUAUGCGAUCCCAUUGCGCCCUAUGCUCAGUCCCACUCUGCCUGCAGAAGCUCCUACUGCACAGGUUCCUCCUACCUUACCCCGAAACACCGCCAUGAUGCAGGCGGUGAAGACCACGCCUAGACAGAGGUCUCCGCUCCUGAGUCAGCCGGUCCCUGAGCUGAGCCACGCCAGUCUGACUGUCAGCCAGAGCCCCUUCAGGGCCCCACUGAGCAUGACAAACACAGCUGGUACAUCCCUCCCAAGCAUUGAUCUUCUCCAGAAACUCAGGUUGCCCCCACAGCAUGACCAAAUACAGACACAGUCACUUGGGAAAGGUGCAAUGGCACCCAGCUUUUCUCCAGCAGCCGGCCAGCUGGCCACGCCUGAGAGCUUCAUAGAGCCUCCCCCUAAGACAUCAGCAGCAAGAGCCUCAGCGUCACUGAGCAACAUGGUGCUUGCUCCCCUUCAGUCUAUGCAGCAAAACCAGGAUCCUGAAGUCUUUGCCCAGCCUAAAGUGUUAUCCAGUGCCAUCCCGGUUGUAGGCUCCCCACUGGUUACUGCAACAACCACGGCGGUGUCUUCAGUCCUGCUGUCCCCAAGUGUUUUCCAGCAGACAGUUACAAGGUCCACAGACCUUGAGAGGAAAGCAAGCUCUCCUUCUCCUCUAACUGUUGGAACAUCAGAAAAUCAGAGAAAGCCUUCCAUUAUUCUGAGCAAGUCUCAGCUCCAGGAUACGUUAAUACAUCUAAUAAAGAAUGAUUCCAGCUUCCUCAGUACGCUUCAUGAAGUCUACUUGCAGGUUCUGACCAAGAACAAGGACAACCACAGCCUGUGACUGGAGCAGAAUAAAUCUGAAGGCAGAGUGUUGACCUCAGAAACAAAUAGGCCUCAUCAUGGAAACUUCUAAAUAGAACGUUGGGUUUCGAGAAUCCUGAAAUUGAGCCUAUGAGAAAGAGACUCAUUCCUUAAGAAUGUUUUCCAAGUGACGUUCUCAGUGAUAAUGGAGGUUUCACUGUGAAGCAUCACCAGCAGACCUUUGUUUUGACAAAAAAAAAAGACCAUUGUGUUAAGUUGUGUGGGUGUUUUCAUCAGCUGUAAGCAAGUAUGAGAAAUAAGGAGUCUGAUCUUCAGCUUGCUUUCACUGUCAAGGUCUUAGGGAGGAGGGAUUGCACCAGCCUUGCAGCAGUCAGAGUUCAGCCCAGCCCACACCCGUCCCCCUCCCCUCCUCCCCUCCCCCCCAGAAACUUAAGCAUCAGGCUGAUAGUCAAGUUCUGAACAGAGCAGAAGGCAGCUCUGUGCAAAGUGGCUUCAAGAUUUAAGAAUCAGCAUUUAGGUUGGCAAAUUAGUACUGAUUUGUUCAAGUGAAGUAUAUUUUAUAUGAAUGCCCCAUUUGGGCCUUAAAAGUUCUGAAAUUUCUUAAUUAUGUUUGUUUUUAAGUGUCCCCAGUGCUGGCAUGCACUGGGCUCCCAGCACAGGGGUGCCACUAGAAUAGGGCCCUGUCAGGCCCUGUGGUGGUGUGGGAGUGGGCAUGUCACACCUUUGAAGCAAAGGCAGGAGCUGGUAAAGCCUGAAUUCUAUCAGAAAUCUUUAAGUUAAACUCUCAGUGGCUUUGAAAAUGUUAAGUUUGUGUGUGAAGCAUAGCCUUAUUUUCCUUCUCUGUCUAAACACAGUUAGAAGUCAUUGUUGAUUGUUUUCCUUAACAUUGACAAAAGGACCAGUGGACCAAUCUGACAAAGCCAUUCUGGUUUCAUUCCUUGAGUCUACUGAGAAUAGUUUUAAAGCUAUGCAGAAAAGGGAGCUGUUAUUCACGCUGCCCUUACUUUAUUGUAGAAUGUGGACUUAAAAACAGAGUGUGAAAUUCAGAACUUUACCAAUGUAUUCCUAGGCUGUGAGUACUUGUGCAGCCCAAAGUGUGAAAAUAUGUAAAGAUGCUUUGUUAUGCUGCUAUUGAUCUGCCAUGAUUUCUAUUUAUUCUUUUACAGCAUGUAAUG